GGAAGGAGGCCGUAAAGGGCGGGGCGCGAGGGGGUUUGUAGCGCGUUCUGUGGCACGAGGCUAGCAGCGCGAGCAAAGGGUCUCCUCCUCCCCCCCCCUUCACCCAGGAGAGCCGGGGAUUGAAGGUGACUUAUUGGCUAAUGUGCUCUCUUUAGGACUUGACUUAAUGGUUCUUCCUUUCCCCAUCUCCUCCUUGAAGAAGUAGGGAUACUGAAACUGUUAUUAUCUGCAGCCCAUCAGUGUCCAGAUGCUGCCUGACCUGCUAAGUUUUGACAGCAUUCUAUUUAUUUCCAGCAUCCACAGUAAUUGGCUUUUUCUUUGGACCUUUAAGAAUAAGCUGUAUCUUUUAUGAUUGAAGCGGUGCGGUGCAUUUGUUUGAACAAUAUCAGGAGUUUUUAGAAUAUUAUGAGGAACAACCAAUUGCACUUCCAGACUCCACCCUCAAUUACUGUCCGGAUGAAACCUGUGGGAUCAAGAUCAAGCCAGCAAAGGAAAAGGACAAAGUUAAAGCAGUCAUGUGUACAAAAAGCUCAGAAAAUGCAUGGAAAGAAUACUAAUGUUAUUUCAAAAUCCAAGCAUACGAGAGGACCUUGUCUCAUUAUUCAGCGGCAAGAAAUGGCGGCUUUCUUCAAACUAUUUGAUGAUGACUUAAUACAAGACUUCCUGUGGAUGGAUUGUUGCUGUAAGGUCUCUGACAAGUAUCUUUUAGCAAUGACCUUUGUUUAUUUCAAGAGAGCUGGUUUUGAAAUAAACGAACAAACGAGAAUGAAUUUCUUUGUUGCUUUAUACUUAGCUAAUACCAUGGAGGAGGAUGAAGAGGAAUACAAGUAUGAAAUUUUCCCAUGGGCUCUUGGAAAAAAGUGGAAGAAAUUAUUUCCAGAUUUCUUAAAGCAACGAGAUCAGCUUUGGGCAAAAAUCAGCUUUAGGGCAGCUGUGAGCAAACGCUGUUGUGAGGAGGUUAUGGCAAUUGCUCCAUCCCAUUACAUCUGGCAACGGGGAAGGCCACUGCAUCACAGUGGUGCUAUCAGAAGGUACACGCGAAAUGAAGUCAAAAUUCCUCGGGGUCCAUGUGACACACCAGUUCAUUGUUCGCUUUGUGGCCAGAAAGAUGGUUUCCUCAGCAUGCAUAUAUCAUCAUCAUCAUCAUCAUCAUCCUCCUGUGAAAGUUUGAUAAUAACUAAGAAAUACUUGUAUCGUAGUGGUGCUGAGCAGCAUUCAGAUAACACGGAAUUUAAUACCUACUAUUCCACAACUGAUUAUCAAACUGUACAAAAUGGGGAAAGAAAAUAUAACCUUGCAGUCAAGGACAGAUCCAUGGACUGGUUUAAUGGAAAUGAGGAGUGAGGAUACCUUGCAAAUAACUUAGUUCAUGCCCCAGAAAUGUGUUGCAAGAGCGAACAACAUACUAAAUUUUGAUCUAACAAUUUCUCACUUAGCCCAGGUUUACUUAGAGUAUGGAUAUGCAUCUUCCAGUGUGAACAUCACGAAAAAGUAAAAGGUAUUAAAAAGAGCUGAUGGUAUGAAUGAAGACUCAAUUCUGAACAAUAAGUCCACUAAUAAGGUUAUUAAAACAACUUAGAACAGAAAUUUUCAUGACCACUUUAAGCAAUUAUUCUAGUGGUGCAUAGUGGCCAUCAGAAUGAAACAGGUGGGCAGGAUUUUGGGCUUGUAGACUUCUAAUAACUUUUAAAAUGUCAUACGUUGACCAUUGGUAUUUCAAAAUCCUUUGCUACCUGUUUACUGACAAACUUGUAGUUCUUUAUGAACAUGAAAUUAUUCUGUUUGCCUUUUAAGUUCAAAUGAUUUUUUGAUUGUUUUUGUGUUCUUUUCUUCUGCCACUGUCUAUAUUUAACA